CAUCUGUCAAAAUUUGAAGUUUAUCUUUUGGUACCGCCGUGCCAUUAAAAACUCGCAGAAUAAUGGAAAUACGUUCAUUCAUUACAUAUUUUAGGCGCUAAGUAUUCAUAAUAUUUAAUUUACGAAUAUAAACUUUAAAUUUUAUUAAUUAAAUCGCUUUAACAGUGUAACAAAUCAGAUUAUGUAUAAAAUAACCUAAUACCUAUAAACUUUUCGGUUAUAACUUAAAAUUAUCGAUAAACCAUCACAAAAUGCAAAAGCUGCAGGACAGCGUGUUUUCAAUAAUCAAAACAACCAAUUUAUCUCCCGCUGUGUUCAGUUUUCUGCAACCAUCGGAGGACAGUCCAGAUAAAUCCCCCAUCGGAGGGAUCCUGAAAGACACUAGGCAUGGGUGGCUAGCGCUGGGACCUAAAUUCUGCGUGGUUGAUCUCAGAAGCGGGCUAAAAGUUGCCGCACGCAUAUUUGGUAGUGCUGCGAGCAGUUUGUACAUUCACGUAACAAAUGUGGUGGAACUCCCCACCCCACUCACACCGAACUCUCAACAACUCAUAAUAAGUUUACAAUAUGAAGACACUGGGCUCAUAUGUGUUCUACACAUCAACGGUUCCCAGAUACUCCGUUGUAUACAAACAGAGGCAGUUAUCACAGAGUUAUCGGUCUGUGAUGGGGUUCCCGAUGGCCCUCUCAGAUGUUUUGAUGGUGUACUGAUGGCCGGAACUAAAAAUGGGGAGAUAUUGGUGUUUGAUCUCAAUAGAGCUAACUUAUUGCAAGCCUUAAAAGACAUAUCCCAAGGUUAUGAACAUCUCCUGCGAAGCGAACUUACACCUGCAAAUCUAGUAUUUCUACCAUUGAAUGCCUUAAGACAAAUAGAGGGUCAGAGAGAGCUGGCAUUGGAAAAUGACGAUCAUUUGGCUCUUUUAUUAAAUGAAAGCUCAUUCAUAGAAGACCAGUAUAUAUUUCGUAAUCCGUACGAAACCGUAAGGAUGAAGGCAAAAAGGGACCAUAUAAGGGUCACAGCUGUUCAACACAUUCCACAAUUAGGCAGUUUGGCCGUUGGGUACAAUUUUGGAGCAUUUCAAAUAUGGAACAUGUUAAAUUUGGAAUUGGAGUUCACUUCACAAGUCAAUGUUGAGUGCUUACCAGUGACGCAUUUUGGAUUUCAGGAGCCCUGUGAUGAUCCAAGAGCAUUUUGCUACUUAUGGGUUAUAUUUUCGGUCAUAGAUCGACUUGAAGAGGAAGAGUUUCCUUUGGCUGUGAUGUAUUCUUUAACAUAUCAGGGCAAACGGAUGCUGUCUGACACUAAGUGCUUGUAUCAGGAAUUCUCAAAUGCUACAAUAAGAUUUCAAUUAGAACUGGGAGGUGCCGAUGAAAAUACCCUUCUUGGUGGUAAAUGUGUAUCUUGUAACACAUAUUCUGUGAAUUCUACACUGGGAGCCGAAGGUGAAGAUAGUAUGCUGAAUAUAUGUCAGUUGGUAUGGGAAUGUUGGGGUGAUAAUGCAAACUUCACAACACAAUACGGAAUGCUUUUGUUUGAUUUAGAUCAAUGGUAUAAAGAUCAAAUGCCAGCGACAUAUCGCUUGGAAAGCAAUGCAUUCAUGAGCACUACUUGGUGUUCUGAGCUCGGGAAUGGAUCUAACACGACACUGGACGUGCGGCUCGAUCCAAACUCUGUGUCCGUAUACUGUCACGCCACUAGACUGGAGGAGCAUUUCUAUCCAAAUUCACUUCAGUACAACGUGGUAUCGAUGAGCGCGUGCGGGUCGGCGGUGCUGGGCACGGCGGGCAUCCAGCGGCAGCUCGUGUCGUCGCUGGACGCGUGUGGGCUCGGCGCGUUGCUGCGCUCGCGCGCGCUGCACGCCGCCUGCCUCGCUGCCGGCCUCGCGCCUGCGCAUGCGCACGCCGCGCGCGCCGACGAGCCCGACCAAGACGAGCAGCGUCGUUUCCUGCUGUCGGUGGCCCUGGAGGCGCGGCUGUCGCGUUUCCUGAAGCGUUGCGCUCACGACUGGGCCACGGGCAGCCACAGCGGGGCGGGCUGCACUCUUACAUUCCUGGUGGACUGGUGUUGGACAAGAGCUAUAGAACUGAAAGAAAAUGCCAAAGAGCUCACAGCACCAUUGUUUGUGUCAUCCGCACUGCCCGAUAGGAACGUGGUGCGAUGUCUGGAACAUUGUGUUCAGCAACUCACGCAAUUGACAGGGUUGUUGGACGCCAUUCUGACUAAAUGCUGUAACCUGGUUGUGCCUGACGCCCUCAGCGAGAUGGAGGAGAAGUACAAAGGUAUAGGCACAGUAUCACUGUACUUCCAAGUGGUGCAGUGGUUCCUGCGCGUGGGCCUGCUGCCGGAGAGACACGACGCGUACGAGGCGCUGCCCUACCCCGCGCAUCAGCUCUACACCAUUUAUAAUAAGAGACGUCUAAAACUGAAUCGCCUGCAAGACAGUGGCGCGUCAGAUGACAACAGUGUCAGAAAGCCAUGUUCCCUGCUCUACAUAGAUCAACUCAUUGAACAUGAAUUCGGUGGCGAGAGGAUUCAUCAAUUAUGGAUGAAGGGCGGCAGUGAGUGCCACGGGCUGUACCCGCCGCCGUCGCUGUACUCGCUGCUGCGGCUCUACCUGCUGCCCGACAUCGCGGACGAGCACAAACACUCACUCGUCCUGUAUCUGCUCGUCGACUACUCUAUGGUCUAUGAUGACGUCAGGUACGAAGCAGUAAUCCGCAGGCUGAUGCAGUUUCCCACCAUGUUCGGUUUGAGCAACACCGCCAUUAAAGCGACGCAGGCGUUCUGGCACCUCGACCACAGGGACUUCGAUUUCGCGCUCGACCAACUUCAAUGUCUUACGGGCAAUACGCUAUCAGGGUGGCAACACCACGUGGUCUUAUCGUCAUUACUGGCUCAAAAGAAGACUCAAGCGGCUUUACAGUACUUGCAUGUUAGAAAGCCUGCCCCGGUCCAUACUAAAGAGAAUCAAUGGACCAGUAGGGGUGGAGAACAGGAUAAAUUGGAGGAUUGGCAGUCUUGCUGCAGCCUGUAUUUGGCUAGAGGUCUCGUCUUCGAAGCCCUAGACGUUGUGAGGGCUUGUAUGAACAGUGCGAGAACCACUGAUGACAAGGUUCAGGUGUUGAACUUCUUCUUCAAAGGCUGUCGCAGCACGGGUAAUUUGUCAAAAAUAUUACAAGUAACAUUACAACAAUUCGAAGAGGAAGUGUUUAUAAAAUACUUGAAGAAUUGCAACGACUCUCAGGCGUCAGACAUAUUGAUCAUGUAUUAUUUACAAAGAGCAAGAUAUAUAGAAGCGGAGCAGUACAACAGCACCUUGCGUCCGGCGACGUCUGGCGCGGCUGUCGCGACGGAGGCGGAGGAGGAGGCGCGCGCGCGCGAGCACAUCGUGCGCGUGGCGUGCGCCGCGCUCCCCGCCGUGGCGGCGCGCGUCGCGCUCGCACGCGCGCACGCGCCCAGCGCACACGCCGCCCACCGCGCUCGACAUGCGCACGCGCAAGUGGUGGCUCCAAAGCCGAUGUCUGUGUACGUCGAGGCAAAAACACCGCAAAACACAUUCACUUACAAAUCAUCGUUUAUUCAGGAUACAAUAGAAAACGCCAGUGAGACAUGGAUGAAUAGGCCGAAGAUGCGUAAAGGGAUCAAACGCGUCCUAGAUAUAGAGGAGACGCCGUUCAUCUGCACUCCCAAACUAAUACGUACAAGGAGUAUAUUCACAAUGGACCGCGCGGAGUCUGAAGCGGAGUCGCCGCCCAAACGCGCGAAGCUGUCGUCACCAGGAGCUGCGCACACGCCGCAGGCCGGCGCCGGAGCGGGGGGCUCGACCGUGUCGCGCGCGGUGGCGGCGCUGCUGCACGUGCCCGACGUGUGCGUGACGGACGAGCACGCGCACGCGCACGCGCACGUGGACAGGGCGGGCGCGGGCACACCGCAUAGCAUACUUAAGAUAAGAAGAAACGAGGACCGCGACGCGCCGUCUCCAGUGGACUCAAGAUAUCUGGGCGACAGUGACGACGAGCUGCUAGAAACUGCCAGCAACCACACUCACUACAGCGACUCCACUAAUAAGCAUCUUCGCUUCACAAUCCCAACAGCAUCAGAAUCAGGUUCUACGCCAUCGCCCACACAAGCGAAUGCGCUUGCGCAGCUUCGGCGCGAACCGCUGAGAAGGACGGAGCCAUCCGCCUCGCCUGUCAGGGAACAAGAGAUAGAGAUAUCGAGUGACAGCUACACCACUAGCACGUCGCGGUUUGUGAACGAGAAGGGUCGUGUAUUAGAAUCGCCUUCGAAGGAGCCAGACACUGAAGAAACAACAGAAUCGAAGAAGACAUAUAAAGACAAUGUACGAGCAAGGCAUACUCUGUCGGUAUCAGUAAACAGCAGCCUAACAGAUACAUCGAUGGAGAGCAUCGCGGACAUUCCAAUCACGCUCAUCAAUCCUCGAUACUCCGGCGAGAAGGGACGGCAGAGAUCUAUCGAACGUGACAUUGGUAACAACUCGACGAUGGAUUUGAUUGAACAGCGAGAAAGAGAUAUCGAGGAGUUUACAAGAGAGAAAGAAAUAGACAGACCGGCGCCGGCGACACCGAAGGGACGCAGGAGUAUUAGAUCCGUUGGAGAGAGUACGCCGUUGGUUACUAGGAGUCAAUCCGGAACCCCAGAUCGGCUAGACUCUCCGGUUGUAACACCAUUGCGAACUCGCAGAACGAAUAGGAGCAGGUCCCGCACUCCGGAGUUGAGUCCUCGCUCGUCUGCGCUCGCGUCGAUCCCCGAGCAACCCAGGCAAGAGCUGGACAGCGAACCGCAUGCUGAGAAGACUACGCUCAGCGUGCCCAGACAGUUGAGGAGCAGAUCCCGAACGCCAGAGAGAUCAGACAAGGGCAUUAUUGAAUCUCCGAAGCUUGCGCCGAUCUGCGAGUCGCCCACUAAAUCCACCAAUACGGAAUCGUCAUCGUCCUCGCCGAGCCGACGUAGUUUAAGGAGCCGUUCUCGGACGCCAGAAGUUGAAGCAGAGCCCGUGGCUGUCGAAGCUAGUCCACGCAGUCUAAGAAGUCGAUUAAAAACUCCAGAGAAAGCAAUGUCACCGAAAAUGCCACAAUCCGCUCGAAGAAAACCACUAUCACGCCGAGUAUUAGAAGCUAUUGCAUUCGCUAAAGCGAAACAGGCUGAACAAACGGGUGAAACGGCCGACAUUUCUUGCACACCAGUUAAAACUAAUCAAGCACCAAGCCUCUUGGAUGUUUCCUUAUCUCCUAUAGUCAAUAAAUCUGUCCUACAAAGUUCUGAAGAUAGUAUCCUGUCAGAGACAAUUGGAGACAAUUCGGACAAGACCCAAGGCGGCUUGAAAACAUUGCCAGCAUUUACAACAAUACACGAAACUUUUGUAGAGAAAUCUGUGCUACGAAGCUACCGUAGCAGCGUAGCGGAUCCGUCGCUGACUGAAGAAGAUACUACAGAAACUGCAGACGAGGCUAGCACAAGCAAUAUACAACCAAGGCCUGUUUUGAUCACUAUUAACGAGACUGAAACUCGCAAGUCAGUGCUACGAAGCUACGACAGCAGUGUCGCGGAAUGUUCUAGUAUAGUAGAAGAGCCUAAAGUCGAAGAACCGAAACCGUUUGCAGCGUUCUCGAAAAUGAUUGAGUCUGACUACGAAAAGUCUGUGCUACGUAGCUACCAGAGUGAUGAUAAUGAACCGUCUAGUCUGAUGACUAAUGACAGUGAUGAGUCUGAACAAGAGGGUAGUAAGGAUUCUGCAGUCAUACAAAAGGAGAAGGAAAAGAUUGUUGAGAUAGAAAGGGAGAUUAGUGAGAUUGAAGGUGACAUAUCUGAGGAAGAGAGUACUGAAGAAGAGGAUGAGCCACAGGGGGUUAUCGUUGAGGCAGAGACAAGCAGUCAGGAAGACAGUUCUGAGGAGGCACAGGAUAUAAUAUCAAUUAACGAUACUUCAUCAUCGGAUUCGUCGCUUAAAUUCGACAAGAAUUCAUCCGACACACCCGUGUACCAAGUCGACGUGGAGUUACAUGAGAAGACUAGCAAAGCUUUUGAAACUUCGUUCUCGGUCGGUACGACAUUUGGCGUGAAACUUGAGAAGGAAUUGCACGCUGAUGUUUACGUGGAAAAGAAGACGCCAUGCCAGGAAGGGCCCAAGCCUCAGGGACUAGAACAACCCAUCCCGCUCGGGUGCCUCAUACAGGAACGCAAUCAAUCAGGAGCGUAUGGUAAAUUAAAAAAUGCAAUUAUUCCGCUGGGAUUCAAACCUUUACAUCAGGAUGCAGCGUCAGGUGUAGACGAGCCCGAUGCUCCUUCUAACAGCAAGCAAAUAACUGAAACAGAAAUUCAACCUGAGGGUGUACAAGAAACUAUCAUUCCAGUUCAACAUGAGGAAAUUAAAAUAUCAGCGACAGAAACCAAAGUUGAUGCAAAAUCUGACGAAGUGGAAGAUGAAAAUAAAGAAACUGUACUUGAAGUUCCCAAGGAAGUACCGGUUGCGCUCGAUGUUGAUGUAAAAGGAGGGGUGGAAAUCGAAAGCAAUGAUCUCGUAAAAUCAGCUGAUUCUGAAAAGAUUGAUAUUGUAAAAAAUACUGAUAUUGAAAUCAAACCUGCUGCACGAAUUACGAAACGAACAAAAUCUACAUCAUCAAACAAAUCCGUCGAUGAUCAAACACCUAAACGCAAGCGAACACAAUCUACUGCUUCGAACAAAGACGCAGAAGAAACAACACCAGAAAAUAAAGAAACUCCUAGAAGACGCGCUAAAACCCCAACAAGCGCCGAAAUUAGAAUAGUAACAAGACGCGUAUCAAAGGAAACUGGGGAAAAACUUGAAGAUUACAAAACUUUGGAUGAAACAUUAACUCCGAAAAGACGUAGUACUCGGAUCAGAAAAAAUGUGGAAGACAAUGAAAGUGUGGCGUCUGAGAGCUCGGUUACUUCGAAUAAGAGUAAAAUGAGUGAGGAUACAGGCGAUGCUAAACCGGGAAGGAAGGGCAGAAAAUCUGUGCUGGCCACUAAAACAGAUCUGUCUGUGAUCCCUGAAGUUGUGGCGGAAGAAGCGAGCAAGGAUUCAAGUGAUCUCCCUGGUAUUUCUACUGGAAAAAGGACAACUAGUCAGCAAAAGUCAGCGGUGGAAUCAUGGCAGGGCCCACGCCCGGCGUCUCGCUCCUCGCGUCGCGCCAGCGCCGCGUCCCGCGCCAGUGUCGCCAGUGUCGCCAGUGCAGCCAGUGCCGCCAGUGUGGCCAGUGGCGCCUCGUCAGACGAUGACGACGAUGACGUCACGCACACAGCCUUCGACGUUCAGCCCAUAGACAGGAUCUCGUUGCUUAACAAAACUGAUUUUGAAGGCACACCCGAUAUUGAAGAAAUGCACAACAAUAUGUCGCCGGAGUCCAUCGCGUCAGACGCCAGCAAGCAACGUAGAAUGCGCAUGGGCCGGGCGGCGUCUGAAUCAAAAGUCACGCCGAAGGCAGCAAAAGUUGGUAGAAGAAUUUCCGUAGAUGUUGUGGCGUCGCCCGAGGCGAGUGUGUCGGGCGGGCGCGGGCGGCGCGCGUCGUUCACGCGCGCGUGCGAGGCGCUGCACACGCCCAAGGGACGCCGCGCCUCCACCGACGCCAGGGUAACACAUUUGUACUAUUGACUUAUUAUAACAACACUAGGGUAACACAUUUGUACUACUGACUUAUUACAACAACACUAGGGUAACACAUUUGUACUAUUGACUUAUUAUAACAACACUAGGGUAACACAUUUGUACUACUGACUUAUUACAACAACACUAGGGUAACACAUUUGUACUAUUGACUUAUUAUAACAACACUAGGGUAACACAUUUGUACUACUGACUUAUUACAACAACACUAGGGUAACACAUUUGUACUAUUGACUUAUUAUAACAACACUAGGGUAACACAUUUGUACUAUUGACUUAUUAUAAC